AAAAAAGCCCAGAUGAUGGAGUGCCAGAGCUUUCUCGAGUAUGGCACCUGCUCGAACGGCUACUGUGAGGAGCUGCACGCAACGCCAAGCCCCGUCGUCCCACACGGCAAGACCAUCAUCGCAGCAGGUCGACACGGCACACACUCAUGAGGCGAGCGGAUACAUACCGCUCCUUCUCCUUCUGCGGUCAUACGUACAGGCCCCGAAAGAUCUGCGUCAACGUGGCUGUUUAACGCCAUCCGCCUGCUGUUCGCGCACUCUAACGAACCGCUGGACGCUUAUUGGAUUGCAGACGUCUCGAAGGAGAAGCUGGCUGCGCGCGGGGCAGGGCACAAGAACCUGUUGAUCAAGACACACGACUGGCCGCUGAGGGAGGAUAAUGGGGAUCUGGUGCAUGGUGAUGGUGGGAGCAACAGGGAGACGGUCGUUAUCGUUACACACAGAGAUCUGAGGGACGUGGUGGCGUCUUACCUGAGGGUCAGAUGGAUCUCUUCGGCACCUGAUUCGAUCUGUGCCCAUAUGGAGGCCUAUGUGCGAGACCACCUGAGGUGCGCACUUAGUCGGACUUGUUUCGUUCAUCGGUGUCAUCCGUGUGUCUGUGUGUUGCUGUGCAGGUGGGCAUCAAUCGCUUCGCUCAACAUCGGCUAUGAGAGGAUCAUGUCUGACGAGCUUGGCGCAUUAAGGGACGUGGCAGCCUGCUGUGGGCUGCCGACCGACCCGUUCGAAGCACUGGAGGCGGUGAAGAGAUCCGUCAAGGCACUGCAGCCGCCCAUGUAUGGAUCUCCCUGCCCUGUGAGCAAGCUGUGGCCGGAGCAUCUGUCUGGAGAGACACAGAACAGGCGACACUUGCUGUCUGAGAGACUGAGGCAGCGGAUUCAUGACCAGUUUGUUGACUAUCAGCGUGUGUAUGGCUAUGCGUGAGUGCGUGCGUGGUGGAUGUGACUGACUUGUGUCCGUCGCUUUGGUUGGCCAUUCACGGAAGGCGGUCACGCCGACAACGAACUGGAAGGCAGAUCGUUGCUGUAUGUAAAUAUGUGCAGUCGGGCC